AUGGACAGCGAGUGCAAUCCAAGUAAUAAGCGCCAUUAUGACAUUACAAUGUCCAAGAGAACCAGGAAGCCAUUGAAUCUUCAAGAAACUAAUCAUACCAAUGCUUCCUCUAAAUGGGAUCAAAUCACCCCAAGAAAAGGUGAUCAUGAGGAGGAAGAAAGUGAUCGAAAAAGCUUGAAGCAACUCAUCAAGGGGGACUCAAACGCAAAGGACACGACCAGAUCAGAGUGCAGGAGUAGUAAUUCACUAGGUCACCACUUCACGGAAGAACCGAAACAGCUGCAGCAGCUGGUGAAGAAACAUCAACAAGAUAACGGAGUGAAGCUGAAAGGACUGAUGAGUCGCUAUGCCAAAGUUUUGAGCCUUUUGGUGAAAGUGAAGCGUGAGCCGAGUAUUGGGUCCAGGAAAAAACAUCUUCUCCGGUUAACAAUGUAG